AUGUACGAAUGGGGGCUGCGCCUUUGGGAGAAUGACGGAGAUGUCGAGAUUCUGUUCCAGUUGCAAAAGACGUUCGACAUACCCGUAGUCUGGAGAGAGCGCCACAGCAAAGCGCAACGCGCUCGCGGUGGUGGAAUCCUUUCACCCUUGAUCCCACUGGUAACCAAGCAUGUUUAUCCGAUGGCGAUUCUGACCACCGACGACCCGGUCGCCAUGGACAAAAUCAAGGAUUUCGUCGCCCGUGGGACUGGGGACAGGUUCAUGGCCCACUGGCGCGCCAGGGAGAACGAGCCCAACGGCGAGUAUCGCUUCAACCUCGCCGGCGCCUUGAUGAUGGGCAAGGGUGCUAGGAUCAACGAGUAUGUUCUUUCUGUGUCCAGGCUCUGGUUCUCUCCUAUCGUACUGUACGUAGGUGCCACAACACUUGAUGAUGCUGACAUUGGUAUCCCUGCCUUCAAGUCAGACCUCGCGCACCUCGGCGAUCUCGUGCCACGAGUCCAUUGCGCCCCUCGGUGGGGAUCCCCGACGCCGGGCUUCCGCGGUCCGGGCAAGGCCGAGUUCCUCGUCGCCAUGGACAAGUACAGGCCUGGCACUCCCAAAGGGCACAUCAAGCCCAUCAUGGUAUCUGCUAUACUUACGGCAAGGCGAAUGGAAAUACGUCGAGACCAUGAACGACGCCUAGAACGCAUAAGCCGACGGCUGCAACCGUGCCAUCGUGAAAGCAAGUAA